AUGCGCUCUACAAUUCUCUCCUCUGCCCUCCUGGCCUCUGCCGUAGCUGCCACCCAACAGUGCAAUUCCAGCACAGGCUCAGGCGCAGAUGCGAACGGCAAGUACCUCAUCACGGGAACAGACAUCCGCGCGUUGUUCGUUCCCUACGGUGCCUCCAUCUCCAAUCUCUUCCUGAACGACACCUCCGGCGUCGAGCGCGACGUUGUGACCGGCUGGGACAAUGCUACCUACUACGGCAUUGACAAGCAACACCCGCAUUUUGGUGGCGUCCCCGGCCGCUACGCCAACCGCAUCAAGAACGCAACAUUCUCCAUUGACGGCACCACCUACAAUGUUCUCCCCAACGAGCAUCCCACUCCCGAUCACCCAGACGGAGUAAACCAAUUGCACGGUGGACCUGAUGGUUGGGAUUGGAGGAACUGGACGGUCGUUGCGCAUACGGAGAAUAGCAUCACUUUCAGCCUUGUCGACCCGGCUGGUGAUCAGGGAUUCCCUGGGGAGGUGAUCAGUUAUGUCACGUAUACUCUGGGCAACAAGACAUGGGAUAUCAGUAUGACAGCGUUCAGUUUGGAGAAGAAGACGCCAAUUAUGUUGAGCAGUCAUGUCUACUGGAACCUUGACGGCUUCGCCAACAACGAAACCGGCCUUGCUCUCAACCACACCCUUCACAUGCCUUAUGCUGGACAGCGUAUCGCCACUGAUUCUAUUCUUAUCCCCACCGGCGACAUCCUCGGUAACGAGAAGGAUGGCUUGAAUGAUUUCUGGAGCAAGCCAAAGCAGAUUGGUGCUAACUUCACCAACCCUGAUCUUCUUGGAAACUGUGGUGGCAAUUGCACUGGUUAUGGUGAGUUCCUAUCUCUUCCCCCUCUGCUUAUUCCUACCUAUCACCUGGGUGGACAUGGAAAAGGGUGCUUGAUUAUUUACGAGAAAACCCUAAGCUAA